UAUUUCGCUAAUACAUCGCUAGAUUCAUUAACGUUAGAUAGCUAUCUGACUAAGAGAAGUUGGAACAGACUGUUGGUUACUCACGAAGUCAACUUGAUUGUGUCCGGGAAUUUGGCUCUGUUUCUAAUAAAGUUAACCAUCCAGUAGGACAAGAUCCAAUGCUAGCUAGGCAUUUAGCUAGAUAGUUUACUCUUGCCAGUUGACGUGAUAUCCAGCUGUCCUCAAAGCACUUUUUCCAAGGCAAUGAAUUUCACUAGCCAUGCUACUCUUGGAAGCCAAGAAAAUAUCUUUGGUGGAGGAGCACUGGAUGGAUCACGGAUGCCGAGAACGAAGCAAAGAACUGUGCUUGGGGUUCUGAGUGAAAAUGAGCAGCAGAGCAGAGCUGUUUGUCUGGGAGCCUCAAAACACAGAUCUUUGGAUGAAGCCCCUAGCUUUGGCAUUCUUGCCCAAGCAUGUACGUCUAAUUUCAGUUUUGACGUGCGAUUGGAGGAUACAAGUGAGAUUGUUCUCACAUCUACUGGUUCCACUGUUUCUGAGAGAACAUCGCAUGAGCAUGACGUUCCUUUGCAGCAUGAGGACUUCCAUCUGGUCUUGGACCAGAGCUCUGGGUCCUGCAUGGAGACGUCUAUGCAAGACCUAUUCGAAUAUGAGCCCCUGUCAUCACAAGAAGCUCUUGCAGUGGAUGAAUAUGCUGAGGAAAUUCAUCAACAUUUGCGACAGGCUGAGUUAAAAUUCCGACCGAAGCCUGGAUACAUGAGUAAGCAGCCGGACAUUACAAAUUGGAUGCGCAUAAUUUUGAUUGACUGGUUGGUUGAGGUUGGCGAGGAGUACAAAUUGAGUGCUGAGACCAUCUUCUUGGCUGUCAACUACUUGGAUCGAUUCCUUUCCAGCAUGUCAGUUCUAAGAGGAAAACUGCAACUGGUUGGCACUGCAGCAAUUCUACUGGCUGCGAAAUAUGAGGAGGUGUACCCACCGGAAGUGGAUGAGUUUGUUUACAUCACGGAUGACACCUACACUAAAAAACAGCUCCUCCGAAUGGAGCACCUUCUGUUGAAAGUCCUUGGUUUUGACCUGACCAUGCCAACGACUCAUCAGUUUUUGAUUCUUUAUAUUACUCUUGAACCUGUCAGUGCCAACACUGCACACCUUGCUCUGUUUCUUGCAGAGCUGAGCUUGCUAGAAGUUGAUCCAUUCCUACGGCAUCUUCCCUCUCAAGUUGCAGCUGCAUCUUACUGUCUUGCCAAUUAUACACUCAACAAAGCCUUCUGGCCUGAUCACCUGUAUGCGUUCACUGGGUACACCUUGGCUGAAAUUGUCCCUUGCCUAAAAGACCUCCAUAAACUCCAUCAGACUGCUGCAAACCGGCCACAGCAGGCAAUUAGGGAGAAGUACAAGACCCCCAGGAAUGGUGCUGUUUCGCUCAUCACUGCCCUGGAUUCUCUGCCAUUCCAGUAAUGUGCCGAUCCUAUAGGACAUCCAACUUCAGCUCUUGUCUUUCUGGUGCACUCAUGAUUUUAAUUGGUGAAUGUAUAUAUUUUAAUGAACUGUGAAUGGUUUUAAUUUUUUAUGGUUUUAGGCAGGCCCAGAAGGUAGCCAUCACGUAAUUUUAAAGACCGUAGGCCUAACUUGUGAUCUGUGAUGUGUAAAGCUUCCCCCCUCCCUGCAUUAAUCCUUAUCCUGUGUGUAUUGCCUUUUUAUGUCAACAAGUGGUAGUCUAGCCACGUUGUUUUCACUUGCAAGUUGUACAGGUUUACUUUCAUAAUCAUGGAUAUGUGAGAUGUCAUUAUAUUAAAUAAAUGAAGUAAA